GGAAGCGAGUGAAGUAAAAUGGCGGCGGCGCGGCGGCAGCAGCUUUGGGCGUCCUGCGGGCCUUGGGUGCUUUUGGUGGCGGCAGCGGCGACGACACUCGCCCCUGCCCAUGCUCUGGGGACCUUGAAUCUGCACGAGCUCAGCGAGCUGAAAUAUGGGAUCGAGAUCGGAGCGGAGCCCGUCAUGGCUGGGCAGAGUAAGGCUUCCGACGUGGUGACCAUCUCCUCCAAAUACAAGCAGAAAUAUGAGUGCCGGCUACCGGCUGCCGCGGUGAAGAUCCAUCAGGAGAAAAAUGAGGAUCCACAGAGCUACACUGGACUGGGGGUCUCGGAACUGCUGAAACCCAUGGAAGCAGCUCCUUGCCUUAUCAAGACUAAGGACUGGUGGACAUACAAGUUCUGCUAUGGGAAGCACAUUCAGCAAUACCAUAUGGAAGAGUCUGAAAUCAAAGGUGACAUCCUGUACCUUGGGUAUUACCAGUCUGCAUUUGACUGGGACAAUGAAACAGCAAAGGCUUCCAAGCAGCACAAGCUGAAGCGCUACCACAGCCAGACCUACGUCAACGGAUCCAAGUGUAACCUGAACGGGAAGCCCAGGGAGGCUGAAGUCAGGUUCCUGUGCGAGGAAGGCUCGAGUGACUACAUCGCCCGUGUGGAUGAGCCGCAGUCCUGCUCCUACGUGCUGACUGUCCACACCACCCGCAUCUGCAACCACCCGUUCCUGCGACCGCCGUCCACCGCCACCCCCCAGACCAUCCGCUGCCAUCCGGCCCUGAGCCCCACAGAGUACGUGGAAUACGUCAAGGCUCAAGUGUCUGACACCAAGCGCAAAGUGGAGGAGAUUUCUGAGGAACUGAAGACUCUGGACACCCGGCUGUGGAAUGAGAGGGAUGCCAGUGCUGCUGGUGCUGGUGCUCUGGAUUCAGAUGGAAAUGUGUCUCCAGCUCCUCCACCUGAGAGUGAAUCGAGUGACGAUGCUGACUUCUGGAACAGAGUGCUGCAGGGAGAUGGGAAAACAGCCCAGGUGUCAGACCAAGCAAAGGAGGAAGAGCCCAUCAUGAAGACAGCAGACAAUCACCUAGCAGAUUUCAAGAAAAAAAUCCAUUUCAAAGUUAUCCGGAACCCAGGGGACCUGGUUCAGUUCAUUCACGAGCUGAAAGACAGUGCUCGGAAGAGUAAAGAGAAAGCCAGCUCCUCAGAGACAGCAGCACAAGAAACCCCACCCAAAAGUGAGCUGGCAGCAGAGCAAGAGCAUUCUGAGGAAGGAGGAGGAGGACAAGAGGAUGAGGAAGAGGAAGACCUGCUGGGCAAGUUUGAAAAAGAGCUGGAGGACAUCUUUCUGCCCAAGUCAGAGAUGGCCAAGCUGAAGGAAGAGGUGAAAUCGGAGAUGGAGAAAGAGUUUGACAACAUCAUUGAUGAGGUAGAAGAUGAGCUGGAAACAGAAGGCCUGAAGGGUGAAUUUGAUCGGAAGCAGGCCUCCAAGUCUCUGGCUUCCACCCUCAACAAGUUAAUUGACAAGCUGGAUCCUGGCCAAGUCCCUAAGAAAGGCGAUAAGGAGCAGGAACAGCCGGAGGAGGAGGAGGAAGAAGCGCCGGCUGCUGGAGAAGGAAACGCUGCUCAAGACAGUACGGUCCCCUCGGCAGCAGAUGAUGACUCAGACGGGCGUGUGAAAGUCAGGGUCACGAAAGUAAGGCCAGGGAGUGCCCCACAGAAGGAGCUGCGAGUUCGAGAGAUGAGCAGGGACAACCCACAGCUGCGCCAUGUGGAGAGUGUUGUUAAGGACCUGUUGGAAAAGGAAGGCCUGAAGGCAGAAGGUAAAAUUGAAAUCAAGAUUGUGACGACAGGUGGCCUCGGCGACGAUGAUGACACCCACUGGCUGUCAGAAGAGGACACAAAGAACCUCAAGGACAUUUUCCUCAACAUUUUGAUCCAGGGCACACAAAGGGAGGCACACAAAGAGCAGCAGCGUCAGCGCCAACUGGAAGACAACUAUCGCUUCGUCUGGGGGCACAGCCAGGAGGAGCUGCAGGCAACUGGCAGCGCCGAUUCAGACGAUGUGGAUUUCUGAGAGACCUUUGACCUUCAGAACUCGGGCAACUGUGGCUACUCUGUUGCAGGACAUAGCUGGCACCUUUCCUUUCCCUGGAGGAUUGGUGUGUUUGCAUAGAGGCAGAGUCUCACUUGAAUCCAUACAAAGGAGGGGAGGAGGUGUGAGGGGGAGGGGAAUGUCCCUUGUUCCCAGGAGCGGACCAUCUUCCUAGACGGGCUCCUGUCCCUCUCAGCUGCUCUUCCUGUCUUGUCCUAACGUCUUUUCCAUCGGCUCAUAACAGCAGCCUUUCCCUCCGGACAGAAACUUUUAAGUACCUUCCCUUGCUGAACAAAGCCCCAGCCUCCUGUAGGCUGACUGUCUUAGGCGUUAGGAAUGCACAAACCAAGCUUGGCUGCCUGACUGAGAGUUUUGAGUGGCUCUCUCUUCCCCCGUUCCAAAAAAAAAGCAUCUUGGCCCAAAACUGCAUGGCAAGGAGCCCCCUGUGGAAAGGCCCUGCAGGUCAACCUUCAAGUCCAGGGAAAAAAGGUGGCACAGCCCUCCCUUUCCCCAGGCCCCUCAUGUGCUUGGAGGAAACUUCACCACCACCACCACCCUUCCAGGCUUGCGUGAUGACAACAUCACUUGCGUGCCUUGAAUUGUCACAGCUGCAGGCAGUGGUGAGGGUGGGGGAAAGAAGGAGCUGGUACUUCCCCUCCCUCCCUCCCUCCCUCUGUGCUUUUCCAGCAUCUCCUCCUUUGAGCAAAGCAUAAUUCUGGUCCUUCCUGUAGUUCACUUCUAAGCUGCCUUUGCACCAUGGUGCAGCUUUGGACUUAUAUGAACCCAGCAGGAAAAAGAUACAGUUCAAAGUGGGCAGAGGCAGAGAGAAGGCAACUUGACCCCUCUUGUGGGUGGUGUUCUCCAGUUGUGUUUUCAGUCAUACUAGGGCCCUAGACAUAGGAGCGUAUGGACUGCAUUAAGACAGCUUUGCUUGUAGAUCGUGUGGCAAAGCCACGUGUAGAAAGCUAGCUGGGUUUGUUUUACUUCUGUGAAGUCUCAGAGCUGCAAGUGGGGCUGAGGUCUCUUGCAGAGAGAUGACGACAAUCUACUUCAAAUGCUGAAUAAUCAGGGCUACUUCAUGGGUUACCGGAGGUGGAGAAUUCUGCCCAAGGAAGAGGUGGGGCAGGAACAACACGACCCUCCCACCUCCUUGACACACAUGGGAUGAUAACACUGUUCGUUCAUUAUUUUUUUUCUAUCAAUAAAUCCAGCCCAGCCCAGUCUGGAUUUCCUGAGUCUGCUGUUUGUUUUGUUGGUGUUACAUGUAACCUGUGAGUAUCGGAUUAUCUCCGUAGCAGAUUAGGUAGCGUGACACAUGUUUUCUUUAAUAGACCAAUGUGUCACUAUGUGGAAGUAUGCCGUAGGGCCAGACAGUUGCUUGAAGGUUCCAUUAGCUUUCUGGUUUCGAAGCAGGUUUGAUUCAUUGACUGAAUAAAAUUUUAUACGUUUGCAGAACUUUUAUGAAGGUGCCCUAUUGUAGGACCUUGCCGGGGUGGGGUGGGGUGGCUCAUUUCUUGUAUAAAUCCAAAUGAAGCGCCAGAAUGUCCCAGUUUAAAAAUUGUACCUGGGAAUGGAUAGAGGAGCACAGAUGGGAAGAUCCAGGAAGGAAAAAGAAUCCUUGUGGGGAGGCCGUAUUAGGAGGGAUCUACUUUAUUUUCCCUGAAGGAAAACGGGAAAUGCUAGGAAUCUGGAGAAACGAGAGAGGGAAAAACCUGUGACUUGUUUUCAAAAUAAAUAAAAAUUAUGCUGUUAAAAAUUGAAA